GCGUGGGGACUCGCUUUCCCAGAAAGCCGAGCGAGGAUGGGUGGUGCUUGCGGCCUGAUCCGUGGGGUUCUGAGAAACGCUAAGGGAAACAAGCCGGCUGCCACCGGGUCCGCUCGUCACUAGUUCACAGACAUCGGAGCGGUCAUCGUCGAUAACUUCGGGCCACGAUCUGGCGAGUGCCCAAACCCCAAACAGACUUGGGGAGCCGACCCUUUCCCACCGGGCCUUCCGGUGUGGCGGGACCCGCGUCCCCAUGGCCGAGGUGCAGGCUGGCGAGACCUCGCCUGACUUAGAGGCUCGUGGAGCCCCAGAGGAUGACACCCUGCCCUCUGACACCGUCUCCCUCAGCGACUCCGACUCGGACCUCAGCCUGCCUGGUGGUGUGGAGGUGGAAGUGUUGUCCCCGGAAGGUCUUUCUGGAGAGGCCCAGGAAGACUCUGUCCCUGAUGACCCUCCCUUACCCCCUGCAGUUGCUCCCUCUGCAGUACAGCCUUUCCACCUUCGAGGCAUGAGCUCCACCUUCUCCGAGCGGAGCCACAGCAUCUUUGACUGUUUGGAGGGGGCAGCUCGGCAGUCAUCGGCUUCUGUGCCCCAAGCUAGAAUAAGCGAUAAUGGCAGCUUCAAGCGCCCCAUGGUGCCCUCAAGCAAGCCUACAGCUUGCGGCCUGGGCAGAGUGCAUGGGAGCCCUGGUCUGCCCAAGGUGCCCCCUGUCCCUGACUAUGUAGCACAUCCUGAGCGCUGGACCAAGUACAGCUUGGAAGAUGUGGCGGAGGCCAGCGAGCAGGGCAAUCGGGACGUUGCUUUGGCUUUCCUGGGCUCGCGGAGUCAGGUGGCUCCCAAUGACUAUGUGCCCUCCUUCAACCAAGACCCCUCUAGCUCUGGGGAGGGGAGAGUGGUCUUCACCAAACCGGUAGGAGCUAGGGAGGCCAGAGCUGAGCGGAAGAGGGGCCUAAAGAAGGGGGAUGUGCCCAGUUCAGGGAGUGAGGGCUCUGUGGAGCUGACCCAUUUGGCAGGUGCUGAGGGUGAGGAGUGGAGCACUCCCCAAGGGCUGAAGGAGGUGGGGAUAUCAGGAGUUGCCCAUCCUGGGUCCUCUCCAGGACCCCCUGGGAUGGAGGCUGUUGGCUUCCAUGGCAGCAAGAAGCGGAACAGAGAGCACUUCCGCAACAGGGGCAGCAGCCCUGAGGGAUCGGGUUCUGAGAGGGGACAUCCAGCCUGACCACAGUGCCGUUGCCCUACCUACUCACCUAAGCAGCCAGGCUGCCCACAGGGGAGCAGGGCAUCCUCGAGGGAAGGAGGCAGUGGGCUGCCUUUAGGAGACAUAGCAGCUCUAGCUGAGGCCCUGUGUCCCUCUCUAGAGAACAUCACAGGGCCUGUGGGGAAUGUGAACUGGGGGACCUGGAGACCUUUUCCCUCAUUGUGUGGAGGGCCAAUAAAAGUUUUGGAUCUUG